UAUUUCGAGACGUUCGCCAUGCAGAAAGAAAGGAUCAACUUGAUUUCUCAGACGCAAAGAUGAAAGAGAUGGUCCUAACGUAAACCUACCGUAGACUCUCAAACCUAUGUGAUCGUUACAGUCUGUGGGAGAGCCUGUCUGCCUGUAUGAAGCAAAACUGAGGACAAUGGUUAAAGACUCAACCCCCCUUCGCAAGCUAAAGCCUUGAAGCCAGCCAGCCAGUCAGGAGGCUUCUACGGAAAUUCGGUUGGCUCAAACCACUGUUAAACCCUUCGCGAUCAGCAAUCUCGACAGUCCUACAUUUUUCCGAUGGCGAGAUAAUGACGAAAAUUGGGCAAUUCAAGGCAAAAGUAGAAACUGCUGAUCGUGUCGGUCGUCGUUGAAGGGUGUCGAGGGUCGAUAGCGACGGACAGCUUGAUGGUCAGCGGGAGCAGCGGCAGAGAACGGUCCAGGUGGCGGCUUCAAGGAGACUUCUGUGAUGCUACGUAGGCAACUGGAAGAAAAGGACUUUUCUGCCACGAGAGAGUGUGUGUGAGCCCGGUUUGCUAGAGACGAUCCGCUUUUUGUUGUGUUUUAAAAAAAAACUUUUAUAUGUGUGUAUUAGUUAUUUUUGUCAUAGUUUUACCGACACGCGGCUUUAGGAUACAGUGAGGAUACACAGCGAGCUGGUGAACUUUUGGGGAAUGGCAGGUCGAAGCCGAAGAGCAUGGUUUAGUGUUCUGUUGGGACUGGUUGUCGGGUUCACGCUGGCUUCCAGACUCAUUUUACCGAGGGCGACCGAGUUGAAGAAAGCUGGGCAGAAGCGUAAAGCUAACCCUGCCGGCUGCGGGUUGAACAGGGGACUCAGAACGGAAUACGGCGGAGUACUGUGGCCACCGCAAGAUAACGGUUCACCGUCGACCGAGAAGCCUGGCUCCAGGUCCAGUAAUUUCCUGUUCGUUGGUGUCAUGACUGCCCAGAAGUACCUGAACAGCCGAGCCGUGGCGGCACACAGAACAUGGGCAGAAACUAUUCCAGGUCGCGUGGAGUUCUUCUCCAGUGAGGGCUCUGACACCUCCAUCCCCAUUCCCAUAGUGGCUCUGAGUAAUGUGGAUGACUCGUACCCACCGCAGAAGAAGUCUUUCAUGAUGCUCAAGUACAUGCAUGACCAUUACCUGGACAAGUACGAGUGGUUUAUGAGGGCCGACGACGAUGUCUACAUCAAGAGUGAGAAGCUGGAGAGCUUCCUGCGCAGCCUCAACAGCAGUGAGGCCAUCUUCUUGGGCCAAACAGGCAUGGGGGCCCGUGAUGAGCUGGGGAAACUAGCCCUGGAGCCUGGGGAGAACUUCUGCAUGGGAGGGCCAGGGGUCAUCAUGAGCCGCGAGGUCCUAAAGAGGAUGGUGCCGCACAUCCGAGAGUGUCUACAGGAGAUGUACACCACCCAUGAGGAUGUGGAGGUGGGCCGUUGUGUCAGGCGGUUUGCUGGGGUCCAGUGUGUCUGGUCCUAUGAGAUGCAGCAACUCUUCUAUGAGAACUAUGAACCAAAUAAGAAGGGCUACAUACGAGAUCUCCACAACAGCAAGAUCCAUCGAGCCAUCACACUCCACCCUAACAAGAACCCUCCCUACCAGUAUCGCCUACACAGCUACAUGCUGAGCCGCAAGAUUGCAGACCUGCGCCACCGAACCAUUCAGCUCCAUCGGGAGAUCGUCCAGAUGGGGCGCUACGGAGCUGCUGAGCCCAGCCGAGAGGACCUCCAGCUCGGCAUGCCGCCCUCAUUUAUGCGCUUCCAUCCACACCAGAGAGAGGAGGUCCUGGAGUGGGAGUUUCUGACAGGGAAGUACCUGUUCUCAUCAUCUGAAGGUCAGCCACCCCGCCGCGGGAUGGAUUCCUCCCAGAGGCAAGCCCUGGAUGACAUCAUAAUGCAGGUGAUGGAGAUGAUCAAUGCCAAUGCCAAGACACGGGGGCGGGUCAUUGAUUUCAAAGAAAUCCAGUAUGGCUACCGGAGGGUUAAUCCCUUAUAUGGGGCAGAAUAUGUGCUGGAUCUGCUGCUGCUGUACAAGAAGCACAAAGGAAAGACCAUGACCGUUCCUGUGAGGAGGCACGCCUACCUGCAGCAGACCUUCAGCCAGAUCCAGUUCAGAGAGGAGGAGGAGAUGGAUGCCAGAGCUCUAGCAAGCCACAUCAACAAGGAGUCAGACUCCCUCUCAUUUCUGUCUAACUCCCUGAAGAUGCUGGUGCCCUUCAAGCUGGCCGCCUCUGGACAGGACCAGAGAAAGCCAAAAGAGAAGAAGGUCAAUAUCCUGGUACCUCUAUCAGGACGCUAUGACAUCUUUGUGCGCUUCAUGGCCAACUUUGAACGAGUCUGUCUGAUCCCCAACCAGAACGUCAAGCUGCUCAUCCUGCUCUUCAGCACAGACAACAACACAGAGCGGGUCAAGCAGGUGGAGCUGAUGAGGGAGUAUCACAUUAAGUAUCCCCGGGCCGAGAUGGAGAUCAAGCCUGUCGCCGGCUCUUUCUCCAGGGCUCUGGCUUUGGAAGUGGGUUCUUUGCACUUCUCUAACGAUUCACUGCUGUUCUACUGUGAUGUGGAUCUGCUCUUCACCAGCGACUUCCUCAAGCGAUGUCGGAGCAACACCGCCUUGGGGGAGCAGACCUACUUCCCCAUCAUCUUCAGCCAGUAUGACCCCAAGGUUGUGUACGCUGGGAAGGUCCCCAGCAACAACCACUACGUCUUCACCUCCAAGACCGGCCUGUGGAGGAACUAUGGCUUUGGCAUUGUCUGCGUCUACAAGGGAGACCUGGUCCGAGCUGGAGGCUUUGAUACCUCCAUACAGGGGUGGGGAUUGGAGGAUGUGGACCUUUUCAAUAAAUUUGUCCAAUCAGGGAUUAAGUUGUUCAGAAGCACUGACAUGGGGAUAGUGCACGUCCACCACCCUGUUAUAUGUGACCCCAACCUGGAGGCAAAGCAAUAUAAGAUGUGCCUGGGCUCCAAAGCCUCGUCACACGGCUCCACCCAGCAGCUAGCCGAGCUCUGGCUGGAGAAGAACGACCACGGCUUCAGGAGGCAGGCAAGCAAUAACGGCUCAGUUAGGACAGCGUGAGAAAAGCCGGGCUGCAGACGAUCGGAAUCUCAACCUAAACUGUCUGUGCUCACUUCCUCCUGUUAGUGGUGUUUUCACCACCUAAUUUAUUUUUUACUAAAAUAAGACUUCACGUGGAUAUAUUUUGAAAAUAUGUAAUUUUAAAAGAAGAUAAUAUCCAGUAAUACCAUGAUGAACAACUCAUAGACACAGUCUGGGUUCUAGUAUGGAAGUACAUGUUUUGAUUUAGAAUAGAGGCACCAGUAUUCUUGUGUGAGCCUGACUACAGCAGGGGCCACAGUGGGGGCCUGAGGCUCCUCCAGCCGUAACAUGAUUGUCUGGACAGAGGGAGGCAGGGGUUAUAAAUGUGUACCUCAGUGAAGUGCACCAUUUUGGUCCUUAACUGUUCCAUUUGUCUUGUGUGCAGAAAACAGACUGGUGUCCAUGUACCCUCAGACCAGCAGUGCUCCAAACAUAACUCAACUCUUGAUUGUGAAUGUUUACAAAAAGACUGAUUCUAAACAUUUCAUCAGUAAAGACUCGCAUCACAGCAGUGUCAGUGAUCACUGACUGGCCAUUUCAUUUGAUUUCUUUUAUUUACAGUGGUUUUCCGCUUUGUGACACGUUACUGUUUCUCCAGGAUUGUUUUGUAUUUUUCUUUAUUAUUCAUUUCUGUGAACCCAACUGCUGGACUUUUUAUCUGCAAUUCAUCUUUUGCUGUCUAAUUUAUUGAAUUUGCAGGCUCCAUUUUCUACUCUCUGAUUGUUGAAAUAUGUAUAUUGGAAAGAUUGUAUAACCAUGUCAGUUGUGGGAUAGUGUGUUUUUUCCAUGUUCCUUUUCGUAAACUCAUUAUCACCAAAGAGUUGUGCACAGUCUGCUUUUGGUAUCAUGUUGCCUGUGCGUGCGUACACUGCGAAACUGGCUAUAUAAUGGAGAAUAAACACAAACGUUCUAUCUAUCUAUCUAUCCAUCCCAGGCCUUUCUGGUGGGUGACGGGGGAACCAGUCUGGCCUUUUUUCCACCGGGCUGAAAAGCAAGCAGCACUCUUGUUGGCCGGCUUGAGUACCUUUUGAUAAGUGACUUUCUUUUCUGUUGAAAUUUUUAAAAAGUUGUGGCUGGUCCUAGUCUACAGAGAUGUGGCUUCGUUGAGCUGAGAUGUGAAAGCCAGAUUGACCUCGUCCUGUGUUUGAGGGCAGAACCUUUCCUUACGGCAGGCCUGAAUCACUGCCCUGCUACUGCCUGUGUUGUCUGUGUGGAGGUAAUGUAUGUUGCAGCAGUCCAUCGGGUUGAUGCUCUUCUUUCAGCUUUACAACACGACAUGAUGUAAACAGGAUGCUGUCAUUUUUUUUUUUUUCUUUGACUUUUUUGUAAUUUUUUUUCUUUCAACUCUGUCCAGCUGGGCAAGGUUUUCUAUUUAAAAAGAAAUAAAAUGGGGGAAAAGGAUUAAAA